UGACUAACAUUCAGCUCCCCUCCCGGCUGCCCGUCGCUCUCCCCCGCCCCCGCUCCCUUUCCAACGUCCCAUCUCGAUCCACCCCGUCGAGCACCGCCCAGAUCUCUCUUCCUUUUUUUACCGCGCACCCCCCCCCCCCUCGCCGGGUGCGCCUCUACUCACCGCCCGCCGACGAUCGAUCGCGCGCGAGAGAGAGAGAGCUAGCUUAGUUUCUUGAUGCUAAUUAAGCUUGGUCGUCGUCGCUGUGGCCGUCAUCAGCUAGCUUGAUUUCUUGCUUGGGUAUAUGGAUCCGUCUGGCCCCGGUCCGUCCUCUGCGGCGGCUGGCGGCGCGCCGGCCGUGGCGGCGGCGCCGCAGCCGCCGGCGCAGCUGAGCAGGUACGAGUCGCAGAAGCGGAGGGACUGGAACACGUUCCUGCAGUACCUGCGGAACCACCGGCCGCCGCUGACGCUGGCGCGGUGCAGCGGCGCGCACGUGAUCGAGUUCCUGAGGUACCUGGACCAGUUCGGGAAGACCAAGGUGCACGCGUCGGGGUGCGCCUUCUACGGCCAGCCCAGCCCGCCGGGGCCGUGCCCGUGCCCGCUGCGUCAGGCGUGGGGAUCCCUCGACGCGCUCAUCGGCCGCCUCCGCGCCGCGUACGAGGAGAGCGGCGGCACGCCCGAGUCCAACCCGUUCGCCGCGCGCGCCGUCCGGAUCUACCUCCGCGAGGUGCGGGACUCGCAGGCCAAGGCGCGCGGCAUCCCGUACGAGAAGAAGAAGCGCAAGCGCUCGCAGGCGGCGCAGCCCGCCGGCGUCGAGCCGUCCGGCUCGUCUUCUGCUGCAGCUGCAGCUGCCGGUGGUGGAGACGCGGGCAGCGGUGGCGGUGCAGCUGCUACUACCACAGCUCAACCUGGAGGGAGUGGCACUGCACCAAGCGCCUCCUGAUCAGUAUAGUAAACCUGCAAACCUUGUCCAUUAAUUUGUUUAUCGCAUCCAACAUCGCAAGAUCUGAGUUUUUUUGGUAUAUUUUAGUUUAAUUUGCUUGUUCCUUCGUUGAUCUCCUCCACUUUAUAUUUUUUCUUCUUUCCCCUCUUUUUCCUUGAUCAAAUUAAUUAGGUUUAGUACAUGGCAAGGAAUUGUAGGGGAAAAUAAACUAAUCGCUGUCGCUGCUACUAUUUGCUCAUGAUCCCAUACAUAUUCUGAUAAGAAAUGGAGAUUCCAGGUAAUAUUAA